AUUCUCUGCGGCAACGCAACUAAGAGCGGAGACUUUAGUAGGAAUUCUAAAAAAAGUUUUCUUUUUUUUUUAAUAGUUUAUUACCCUAAAAUCAGUUUGUCUGGAGCUAGGUGCUGUAUUUUUGCAGCGUUUAGUACGCUCCUAACAAGCUUUAAAAAUUUAUUUAAAAAAAUAGUUUUUAUACUAAAUUGUACUUAUAACCGCAGCAGGUUUCUAAAGUAA